GGUUCUUUGGUUUUGUUUCUCGCGCGAUUCAGCAUAUGCGAGCAGAGAAAGCAGUGCAGUGUCGUCGAUUCGGAAGCUAUCAACCAGAAAUCGAAAGCGACGUCGUUAGGUGAUGGAAGCUCAAGUGUUCGAUCUCUGAAUCCUUUGGGGAUACGAAUCUAACUAACUCGUUGUUCCUGCAAUGGCGUCGUGGCUCAAAGCCGCUGAAGAUUUAUUUGAAGUUGUGGAUCGAAGAGCGAAGCUGGUUGCCACUGACUUAUCAGAGGAACAGUCUGACUCUAAGUCUCCAGCUUCUAAUGGGCAAGGAUCUCAAGGCAAGAGGACAAAAUCAAAACCCAAGGCUCAAAAGAGACUAUCCAACCAAUCAAAUAUAAUUAGUGAUGCUACAAAGGAGAAAAUUGGAACUCCAGCAGCAUUGGUGGAUGUAACAAUUCCAACAGACAAAGUUGAUGUCAUAUCUGAAAAUGAUGGGAGUGCUCCCAUAUCUACAAACCAUCCAAAGAAGGAGCAGCAACCUACUGAUGCAACAUCACCCUUGUUAGGCACUUCGUUAUCAAAUAUGCUAGUCGAUGAUGUUGGUAAACAUGACAUAGAUGAUGCUGAAGUCUUAGUAACUGAUACUGAUGUUGAAGUUGCCACUGUUUCUGCAAAUGGUGAGCCUGCCAAAGAGAAUGCUUCAGGUAUUCAUGAGGUGGAUCCUCCUCCAGUUCCCGAAGGAAUCGAAGGCCUCAGUGAUGAAUCCACUAAUACUGGUCAAAUUAUCAAGUCUGGAGAUUUAGAUGCCAAUCAAAUUAUGGAUCAAGAGAAAUCUGAAUCUGUGGCUACGGACAUUGUUCCUAACGGGGAUGCUAUACUUAAAGAUUCUGAUGUAAAAGUUGAAUCUAUUGUGACUAGAAAGAGCCAAGAGGAUCACAAAACUGACAUCUCCCCAAAGAAAGUAGAGGAUCAACUUGAUGAGGCUCAAGGAUUGCUUAAAACAACAAAAUCUACUGGUCAGUCUAAAGAGGCAAGGUUAGCUCGGGUCUGUGCUGGACUUUCAUCCCGCCUUCAAGAAUACAAAUCUGAAAAUGCACAGUUAGAGGAACUUCUCACUGCAGAGAGAGAACUUAUUAAAUCAUAUGAAGCUAGCAUAAAAAAGCUACAGAAGGAUUUGUCUGAAAGUAAAAGGGAAGUAACAAGAGUUGAAUCAAAUAUGGUUGAGGCCUUGGCAGCAAAAAAUACUGAAAUUGAGUCACUUCUAAGUUCUAUGGAUGCAGUUAAGAAGCAGGCUGCAUUGUCAGAAGGAAAUCUAGCUUCCCUCCAGGCAAGCAUGGAGUCUAUGAUGAGAAAUCGAGAACUAACAGAGACAAGGAUGAUGCAGGCUCUAAGAGAGGAGCUAGCAUCUGCUGAGCGAAGAGCAGAAGAGGAGCGUGCUGCACAUAAUGCUACCAAAAUGGCUGCUAUGGAAAGAGAAGUAGAAUUGGAGCAUAGAGCAGUCGAGUCAUCUACAGCCCUUGCGAGGAUACAGAGAAUAGCAGAUGAGAGGACAGCGAAGGCCACAGAACUUGAGCAGAAGGUGGCACUUCUCGAGGUUGAAUGUGCAUCUUUAAAUCAAGAACUGCAAGAUAUGGAAGCCCGUGUGCGCCGGGAACAAAAAAAGUCACCAGAAGAGGCAAAUCAAGUAUUUCAGAUGCAGGCAUGGCAGGAAGAAGUGGAGCGUGCACGUCAGGGUCAGAGAGAAGCUGAAAACAAGCUAUCUUCCUUGGAGGCUGAAUUGCAAAAAAUGAGAGUUGAAAUGGCUGCAAUGAAGAGGGAUGCUGAGCAUUACUCACGUCAGGAGCAUACAGAGUUAGAGAAACGCUAUCGGGAACUGACUGACCUUUUGUACUACAAACAAACACAAUUAGAAACCAUGGUCAGUGAAAAAGCUGCCGCAGAGUUUCAAUUGGAAAAGGAAAUUAAGCGUCUUCAAGAAGCACAGGCGGAGGCUGAAAGAAGCAGAGUUUCUCGUCGAGCAUCAUCAUCUUGGGAAGAUGAGACUGAAAUAAAAUCCCUAGAGCCGCUUCCUUUGUAUCACCGUCAUAUGGUUGGUGCAAGUAUUCAGUUGCAAAAAGCAGUGAAACUGUUGGAUUCAGGGGCUGUGAGGGCCACAAGAUUUCUCUGGCGUUAUCCAACAGCUCGAGUUAUUUUAUUUUUCUAUUUGGUGUUUGUACAUCUCUUCUUGAUGUAUCUCUUGCAUCGGCUUCAGGAACAAGCUGACAGUAUGGCUGCUAGAGAAGUUGCAGAAUCUAUGGGACUUUCUAGCCAGAAUUUACCGUGAAUUAUUUAAAUAUUCCUUUUGGGGCCCUAUGUCAGGUGUUAUCUUUUCCUGGCCAUAUAUUUUUAAGUGUACAUUACCGAUGCAGCUGCUUAGGAUGGCUUGAUAAUGGUUCAGCAAAUUAUUGAAGUAUGCAAACCAAAACAGGAACUUACACACAGGUAUCUUAUGUCUCGGUUUGACCCUAGAGAAACUGCUGCAGGAUGGAGUUCGGAAUAUUGGAAUUUGCUUAGCUUAAUGAUUAUUGAACAGGCGGCAGCAUCUCUUAGUCAUGUUUUCUUUUCUUUUUUCUUUUUUGUUUUUAACAUUGAAAAUGUAUUUCUGGGUGGAAGAAACAAGGCUGUGGAUACAAAUUUCUUGUGAUAUAUCCUUCUUUUUCUCUCUUAUAAUGGCAAUUGCUAAAUCUAAAGGCUAUUAUACCACACUAGCUUGUACGAGAAAUAUUUAUACUUGCU